AUGAAGAAUCAUCAAGCAUUCAUUGCCUUUGUAGCAAGUUGGGCUCACAGUAUUCAUGAGUUACCUCUCCGCUUCCCAACCUUGCAAGAAUCUGUUGAUACUAUUCACUCAACAGACCUAGAACUACCAUCUCAAUCAUUGGCAUAUCACUUAAACUCACCUUUUUUGUCCUUACCUUUGUCUCCAUCUUUGAAUGACAAUUUGGGAAAUGCUCCAAAUCUUUGUGAUUUGUCUUUAAAUCCUGUGAAGCUUCAACAACGAAUUACUCAAGGAAUCGACGAACUAAGGGCAGAUUUGAUCUUAGAUGAUGCAAAAGGUGCUAGAGAUGCUGCCAGGUUACGAUCUCUACAAGGAAAAGGAGCAGGAGCUUGGUUAGAAUCAGUCCCUACUUCAGAAAAGUUUGCAAUAAAUAAGAAUGAAUUUCAGAUAGCGGCUUUUCUGAGACUAGGACAACCGAUGCCUUUCAAUUCUUGUGCAACACAUUGUAACUGUGGCAGGAAACUGGAUGCUGACGGUUACCAUCCCCUCACUUGUAAGCUUGGUGGAGGCACUGUGUGGGAACACAAUAAUCUUGUGGCAGAGUGGUGUCAGUGUCUCAGGGACUUGCAACUGCAUUACAAAAAAAGAACCUAA